UAACGGUACCUCGGAAAAUGGAGGAGAUCAAAGCCAAAGGGGACACAUGCGAUAGAAGUUCUGUCACGAAAUCCACAUCAAAUUCACAGACUGUUUGUGGUGGCUGUUUGAGACGUAUGCGCACAUGGAUACCCAUCGAUUACAAAGAAGAAAUUGUACUCAUUUUAAAAUUGGCCGGACCUGUGUUCAUCUCCCAGCUUAUGAUCUUUCUGAUAAGCUUCAUAAGCACCGUGUUCUGCGGACAUUUAGGAAAGACGGAGCUGGCCGGCGUUGCUCUGGCCAUUGCUGUGAUCAAUGUUACUGGGAUUUCUAUUGGGUCUGGAUUAGCGUCGGCGUGUGACACAUUGAUAUCUCAGACCUUUGGGAGCAGCAACCUGAGGAGAGUGGGGGUUAUUCUGCAGCGGGGGAUCAUCAUUCUGCUCCUGGCCUGUUUCCCAUGCUGGGCCAUUCUCAUCAACACAGAGCCCAUCUUGCUGGCUGUCAGACAGAGUCCGGAGGUGGCCAGGCUCUCACAGCUGUAUGUGAAGAUAUUCAUGCCUGCGCUACCGGCAGCGUUCAUGUAUCAGCUUGAGGGACGGUAUCUGCAGAAUCAGGGUAUAAUAUGGCCCCAGGUCCUCUCGGGAGCAGCGGGAAACGUCCUGAAUGCACUGAUUAACUACAUCUUCCUGUACGUGCUGGACCUGGGAGUGGCAGGAUCAGCAGCCGCAAAUUCCAUCUCCCAGUACUCCCUGGCUGUGUUCCUGUUCAUCUACAUUCACUGGAAGGGCCUGCAUAAGGCCACGUGGGGAGGUUGGUCCAAAGACUGCCUGCAGGAGUGGGGUUCCUUCAUCCAGCUGGCCAUUCCCAGCAUGCUUAUGCUUUGCCUGGAGUGGUGGACCUAUGAGAUUGGAGGAUUCCUGGCAGGGCUGAUUAGUGAAGUAGAGCUGGCAUCGCAGUCUGUGGUGUAUGAGCUGGCCACCAUCGCUUACAUGUUCCCUCUAGGGUUCGCCGUGGCGGCCAGCGUGAGAGUGGGGAAUGCUCUGGGUGCGGGGAACUUGGAGCAGGCCAAGCUGUCCACCAAGGUGUCCAUAAUGUGCGCAGUUGUGGUCUCAUUCUUUGUGGCAGCAGUCAUCGGGGCUCUCAAGAACGUGAUUGGUUAUAUCUUCACAACUGAUGAGGAAAUUGUCAACAGGGUGAAAGAAGUCAUGAUCUUGUAUUCCUGUUUCCACAUCUUCGAUGCACUAGCGGCUGUAACAGGGGGUGUGGUGAGGGGGGCAGGGAGGCAAAUGAUCGGGGCUCUUUGUAACUUGGUGGGGUACUACUUUGUGGGCUUCCCCAUCGGCGUGACCUUGAUGUUCGCUGCAAAGAUGGGGAUCAUCGGACUGUGGACGGGUCUCUUCAUCUGUGUCUUCGUGCAGUCUGUCUUCUUCAUCAUUCUCCUGGUCAAACUCAACUGGAAGAAGGCCACUCAUGAGGCGCUGGUGCGUUCCGGGGUGCAGCCCCCUCCGUGUGAAGAGGAAAGAAGACAGCAGGUCUUCAGCCUGGAUAAGCGGGGCUCCUGUCAGGCCCUGGCUAUGGAGGCCCAGCUACCCGAGGCCAAUGAGAACCCAGAGGGGCGGAGUAAAGGUGAGGGUGAGGGCGUGGCAGCGGCUGGGGGCGGGGAGGCCUGCAGCACUGUGGGGGCGGUGCUGUCCACCAGGCAGCUGGUGCUGCGCCGGGGCCUGGCGGUCGUCGCAAUGGUCCUCAUCUUGGCUGCGGGCAUCAUCUGCAACAUCCUGCUAUCCAACCUCCUCAAAUGAGGCGCGAGUCGGGCAG